AUGGCAUCUGUAGAAGAUAUUAAAAAUAUAUUUGGUCCUUAUCAGGAACAUCAUCAAUUAACCAUAUAUGAAAACGAAAAAAUUAUUUUGGAUAUCGUAGAACUGAUAUGUGAUUCUUAUUGCAAAGAUUUAAGAACUUUAAAAUUCUUGGGCCAAAUUUUGACUCAACAGGAUUAUGAAGAAUUAAUUGAAGAAAGGAAUAUAAGUCAAAAAUGUGGGUAUCCAUUAUGUCACCUCUCCCAAGAACGUACGAAUGCAAAUGGUAGGGAUCAGUUUACAAAAAAUUUCAUGAUUCAAAAUAAUCCUUAUAAUUAUCUAAACAAUUAUUGUACUUUGAAACAUUAUAAAAGUUCUAUGAUCUUUAAAUUACAAUUAAAUGAAGAACCUUUAUUUGAAAGGUGGAAAUCAUUUAAUAAAUACAUGUCACAAUUACAAAAUACUGAUACUAUUCUUGAUGCUUCGCUUGUACGUGCAGAUAUACGAUUAUAUGAAGACUUUGAAAUGGAAGAUAAUAAUCGUUCAGUAGAAAAUGAAGAAAUCAAAAGAAUCAUUAAAAAUAUAAGAGCUUUAAAUAUCAAUAACGGUGAGCAAGAUAUUGAUGCCAAUCAAUUAAGUAGUCUAUUGGAAGAAAUUAAAAUCACUGAAAUUGAGAAUCCUUUGCCGUUAGGUGAUCUUCAAAAAAAUACAGUAAAUGAUUGA